AUGGCACAGGAUACUGGUCUCUUUAGUGUCCGACGGCCACGCGAGACCCUCGGAAACGUCCAAAAUUAUACAGCUAUCCCACAGCCAUCCUCUGCGCUGAAACGAACUAGCACCGCCGCCAAUCUACAGAACCCGCCAUUCACUUCUCAACAUGCGCGGUCGACUUCUCUUGUAUCGUCGCUUAGUCGACCGCAGCAGCCUGUUUUCCAUUGCCAAUCCACCAGCGGUGGGAAUUACGGCAUAGAUGGCGGUCUAUCAAGCGUUCGACGCUCCGUAUCCCAUAACAUGCUCCAUAGCGCAAGUGCUGGGCGCCAAAGUUAUGCGCCGAUGUCGAUGGCUCCCCCGCCACCGCCCCAGUUACAGCGCCGAAGCAGUGUUUUAUCGCGCCCGUCGACGGGCCCGCCUGUUGCCCAUCAAUCGUUUUUCGUCCAGGGAUCAAUUCCCGCGGGUGUACCACGAGACCCUCGCCCGCUCAGAGACCGGAGUUUCCAGGCGCGGAUUAGCCAGGAGAUAUUGGAGUAUUUAACGCGCAAUAAUUUUGAGCUGGAAAUGAAACACUCUUUAACCCAAAAUACAUUGAAGUCACCGACUCAAAAGGACUUUAACUUUAUUUUCCAGUGGCUAUACAAGAGAAUAGAUCCAAGCUACAGGUUUCAAAAGAACAUCGAUACCGAAGUACCACCCAUCUUGAAGCAAUUGCGCUACCCAUAUGAGAAGAAUAUCACCAAAUCGCAAAUCGCCGCUGUUGGAGGCACACAUUGGUAUACAUUUUUGGGAGUAUUGCACUGGAUGAUGCAAUUGGCCCAGAUGCUUGAUAGAUACUAUCAGGAUCAAUAUGACUACGCCUGUGCGGAAGCAGGUGUAGAUGUGACUGGAGAUCGUAUAAUAUUCCGCUUUUUGUCGAGUGCAUAUCAUGACUGGUUACAAGGGGGCGAAGAAGAGGACGAUGAGGUUGCAGAAAGACGGCUUAUCCCCCAUAUCGAAGCUAUGGCGGCAGAUUUUGAGAAGGGAAAUGAGAAAUAUGUGCAAGAGCUACAGGCGCUAGAAGAGGAGAAUCGUUCGCUUCGAGACCAGCUUGAAGAACUUGAAAAGAAUGCCCCUGAUAUCGCAAAGCUGGAGAAACAUUUUAAAAUUCUCGAGGACGAUAAGAAAAAAUUUGAAGAUUACAAUGAGAAUGUUCAAGGGAAGAUCGACAAAUACGAAAAUCGCAUCAAGUUCCUAGAAGAUGAGCUCGAGAAGAUUGAUCUCGAAUUCCAGACUACCGAAGACGACCGGCUUGAACUGCAAUCAAGUGUUGAUAAGCGAGGCAUUACGAUUCAGGAUAUUGACCGCAUGAGCACUGAGCGAGAUAGGCUUCAGAAAAAUGUGGAGGAUAUAUUGGUGAAACUGGACGAAACGCAUGCCAGAGUCAUGGAAAAGGAAUCAGAAGCCAACGCGAAACUGGAGGAGCUGGAGCAAGUCGCCAAAACGUACAACUCCCUUUCCUAUCAAGCUGGGCUCAUUCCUUCUACCACGGCCAAUGCCAAAGGCCACGAGUUCGAGCUCUUCCUCAAUAUCAACGAAAGCAACUUCUCUUCAUCCCAACUCGGAACAUCACAGAAUCACAGUUCAUCAGAGGGUGAUAGGUUACUUGCUGACGCGCAUACGGGGUAUCACCCAACCAACCUUAUCAACUUGGACCUUCGAGGAACUGUUCGAAAUAACCUUGUUGCCCUUCGCAAGGAUAUCAAUGAACGCCGAAAGAUUGCUCUGGACGAAGAUAUGAACCGAAGAGACCUCCUUGACAAUAUUAAGGAGGCCAUGGACGAGAAAAAGAGCGAGGUAGAGGCAUUAGAGCAUAAGCGCCGAGCCGCAGAAGAGGAGUUUGAGAAAACAAAAGAAAUAACGUCAACUCAGAAGUUGGCAUCCGAUGCUCAGAUUGAAAAGAUGGAGAAGGAACUUGCAAAGAUGCGUGCAAGUCUUAGUGAAAGUGUUCAACUCAUGGAGCAACGAGAGAUGAAUACUAACAUUGAGCAUGAGCAACUUGUCUUACGUGCGAAUGCCUUGCGCGAGGAGCUUCAUACCGGCAUUGAAAGCAUGCUCAACGAUAUUAUCAGGUUCAAGGUCCAUGUGCAGAAGGGCUUGGAAGACUAUGAGAGCUUUGUUGCAGACGAGGUCGAGCAAGAACUAGGCGCAGACGACCUGGGUGAUGGAGACCACGAAGCUCUUUAG